AUGGCAGAUUCGGAGAGAAUGGGAGGGAUACUGUGCACGGCCUCAGCAGAGAGCUGUCUGUCAUCCCCCUGUCAGAACGGAGGCACCUGCCUGGAGUCCAUGGGGGCCUACGCAUGCCUGUGCCCCGCAGGGCCCGACAGGUACACAGGCCGGCACUGCGAGCGCCUGGACGUGGACGCGUGCGGGAGCGGCCCCUGUGCCGGCGCCCGCUCCCGCUGCGUGGACGCCGUGGACGCCUACACCUGUCACUGUCCGGGCUACGCGGGGGAGGACUGCCGGGGGGCGGCCAGGGACUGCUCGGAGGAGCCGUGCCUCAACGGCGCCACGUGCCAGGAGACCCCGGACGGCCACGAGUGCCUCUGCGCCCCGGGGUACGAGGGCGCCGACUGCGAGGAGGACGUGGACGAGUGCCGGUCGGAGCCCUGCCACAACGGAGCCAUCUGUAAAGACCGGGUUGACGGCUAGUGUUUCUGCGUGCCCGGUUUCCAGGGCUCCCGGUGCGGGAUGGACAUCAACGAGUGUGCCUCGCGGCCGUGCCAGAACAACGGGACGUGCGUGGACGAAAUGGACCGCUACUGGUGUGACUGCCAGCUGGGCUACGAAGGCUUGAACUGCGAGGUGGAGAGCGACGAGUGCGAGGAGCGCCCGUGCCGGAACGGAGCCACCUGCCGCGACCGUGUCGGCGCGUACGCCUGCGACUGCGUGCCGGGGUUCGACGGCUUCGACUGCGAGGUCAACGUGGACGAGUGUGCCAGCGCGCCCUGCCUGAACGAGGGCGCCUGCGUCGACCUGGUCAACAGCUACGAAUGCGAGUGUGCCGGGACGGGCUUCAAGGGGCUGCUCUGCGAGGAGGACAUCCCUGAAUGUGCUUCUGACCGUCAACACGGAGCCACCUGCCUGGAGGGGGUCAACCAGUACAGCUGCACAUGCUGGCCAGGUUACGAGGGUCACAACUGCCAGGAGGACGUGGACGAGUGCGAGGAGGAGCCCUGUCAGAACGGCGGCGAGUGUUUCCAGCGCUCGGAGGCGCUCCGCUAUGGCGUGCUGCCUGAGCUGGCGGGAGAGUUCAGAUACGAGGAGGCAGCAGGCUACCUCUGCCACUGUCUCCCCGGGUUCACAGGGGAGAGCUGUGCGAUCAACGUGGACGAGUGCGAGUCUGACCCCUGCCAGAACAGAGGAACCUGCCUGGACCUGGACGACUCGUACCAGUGCGUGUGCGCUCCUGGCUUCACAGGUGUGCACUGCGAGGUGGACGUGGACGAGUGCGAGAGCCAGCCGUGUCAGAACGGCGCCCGGUGCGAGGACGCCGUAGACGCGUACGCCUGCCGCUGCCCCGAGGCCGAGCCCGGCCGGGAGCCCUGGGGCGGCCGGCACUGCGACGUGACGCUGACCGGAUGCCGGGGCCACGCGUGCGCCAACGGGGCCGUCUGCGUGCCCGUCUUGGCGGAAGGCCGGCACGACUACACCUGCUCCUGCGCCCCGGGCUACACCGGGCGCCGCUGUAACACCUCCACCACCUUCUCCUUCUCUGAGGAGGGCUAUCUCCACAUCCGGCUGCCUGCUGCCAACAGGACCAGAAGGCAGGCAGGAGACCCCCCACACCAGCACGGCCUCCACGUCAAGCUACGCUUCAGGACCACGCUCCCCGACGUCCUGCUCUUCCACGCCGCCGCCAGCGACCACUCCGUGACGCUGGAGGUCGUCGGCGGUUUUGCGCGGGUCCGCGGCCAAUCGGGGAAGACGCCGCAGGUCACGCGGCGGGUCAAUGACGGAGACUGGUACGAGGCGAGCGUGAGCGCGAACGAGACGCUGGCGCUGGCGGUGAGGGGGGCGGGCUGCGGCCGAGAGGGCUGCACGGCGGACGGCGAGACCCACAACCACCUGACGUUCCCCCAGUGGAGUUCCUACUCCCAGCUGUACGUAGGGGGCGCCCCCCCGGGGCUUCGGCCCAGUCCCCUGAAUCAGACACGCUUCCUGGGCUGCAUGCAGGACCUGGAGGUGGAUCACCAGCUGGUGCUGCCCCAGGACGUGGCCGAGGAGCAGGCCAGUCACAUGGAGCUGGGCUGCAACAAGACCGACUGGUGCCUCCCGGACACCUGCUCGGAGCAUGGACGCUGCGUGGACCUGUGGGUGAGCUCCCGCUGUGACUGCGACAGGCCUUACUUCGGUGACAGCUGCAAGGGAGAGUACAAGUCAUGGACUUUCGGUCCGGAGAACCUCCUCAGCUACGCCUCCUACAACAUCACCCAGAGCCUCGGGGACAACUUCACCCUCUCCUUCUUCCUGCGCACCCUCAAGCUCGGCGGCCUCCUGUUCCAGCUGCGCCGGGGCGAUGUCCCCUACCUCAAUGUCUACCUCCGCAACGGCACCGUGGCCUUCAGCGGCCACGCCAACACCAUCCUGGCCGACGCGGUGCCCCUCGCCGACGGCCAGAGGCACCUGGUGGCGGUGAGGCUCCGCCGCGGUCAGGUCAUCUUCCCCAAGGCCCGCGGGCCGGGCUCCCUGGGGAAGAGGGUGAGCGUGGAGGCCGGGGACGUGGUCUACGUCGGGGGCCUUCCCCCCGGGAACAAAAGCCUCUCCUGGGGGGGGCACUUCAAGGGGUGCCUCCAGGACGUCCGCCUGGACGAGGUGCGUCUGACGGGGGGAGAGCCCGCUGGCGAGGAGGGCCGUGGCCCGCUCGCGCACGACAACGUCCUGGAGGACUGCGUCAGUGAUCGAACCUGUCAGGGCCGGCCCUGUCUGAAUGGAGGGACGUGCAAGGUCACCUGGAACGACUUCAAGUGUCACUGUCCCGAGAGCUUCUCUGGCAGGGCGUGCGAGCGACGCGUGUGGUGUGUCACUGAGCCUUGUGUCACGGGUAGCCAGUGCGUCGACCUGCUGGACGGAUACGAAUGCCUCGCUAAUGCUACUUUCGAGGACAACGCUCUGCAGUUUGUGGCCAACGGCUCGCUGGCGGAGGCGGUGACCAGCGUCUCCAUGGUGCUGCGCACCAGAGAGGAGAACGCCACGCUGCUCCGGGCGGCCAACGGCGCCGACGUCUUCUGCCUGGGCCUGCUCAACGCCUCCCCGCUCGUCAAGCUGCGCAGCGGCGACGGCCCGGAGCUGCUGGCCUUCACCGGCGACGUGCCCGUCUCCGACGGCGCCUGGCACCACCUCAGGCUGACCAUGGAGGACCCUCGGCGGCCGGCGUCCCGCUGGGUCCUCACGGUGGACGGGCGGAGGGCGGGCGCCAGCGGCGGCCAGGGUAACAACCUCAACUUCCUCAACGACACCACGGUGUGGCUCGCUCAGAACUUCACCGGCUGCCUUGGACACGUGAGGGUGGGCAGGGUUCACCUGCCCAUUACCGACCAACAGGAAGUCCCCCAGUUCAGCCGCUUUCUCAAGCAGGGAGGCCAGGACCCCCCGCUCGGGUGCACCGGUGCCCCUGUGUGCCAGCCCAACCCUUGCUUCAACCAGGGAACGUGCCAGGAUCUCUUCAACCUCCCCGGCUGCAGCUGUGCCCCGGGCUGGGACGGCCCGUUCUGCCAGAGAGACCCAGACGACUGCACCUCGGGCCCCUGCGGCCAUGGCAACUGCACAGACCUGCUAGGGGACUACCAGUGCGAGUGCCAGGCAGGGUACGGGGGCGGGGAUUGCCAGCAGGAGCUGGACAACUGCCUCGAACACAGCUGUCUGAACGGGGGCACGUGCCUGGAAGCCACGGGGAGCCACAAAUGUGCGUGUCCAGAAGGGUUCACCGGGCGACGGUGCCAACGGAGAUUUCCGUCCCUGGACUGUAGUGUUCUACAAUGUUUGAAUGGUGGGGUGUGCAUGGAUGGGAUAUGGGGGGCUAACUGCACAUGCAAGCCAGGCUACACUGGAGAAAGGUGUGAGACCCAAAUAGACACGUGCGAGAGCAGUCCCUGCCUCAACGGCGCCGCCUGCGUCGACAGCCUCGCCGACGGCUUCCUGUGCGAGUGCGCCGAGGGCUUCAGCGGUACCCUCUGCGACGGCAUCAAACAGCAGCGGAGUGACCGCGUGCCCUGGCUGGUGAUCGCCAUCCCCCUGGGCAGCCUCUGCGUGCUCCUGUCCGUCAUCGUGCUGCUCUUCAUGGUCCUGACGGCCCGCAAGAAGCGCCAGUCGGAGGGCACCUACAGCCCCAGCGCCCAGGAGGUGGCGGGGGCGCGCCUGGAGAUGGGGAGCGUGCUCAAGGUGCCCCCCGAGGAGAGGCUGAUAUGAGGGGGAGGACCAAGGGGGACAGAUGGACGCCGCGGGCACAGCCUACGCCGCC